CAUUCAUCCCACGCAUCUCGAACAAAGUCGGAGGACGAAGAGCAAGAAAAAGCAGAGACAAAAAGAGAUCCCUCUUUCCAAUGGAGUUUCGAUUCCUCGAUUCGAGUUCCGCGGUUCCUAUGGGUUGAUUCUUCGCAUCCAUUUUUCCGGCCAAAGCAGCAGGAAAAAACUUUAAUGAUUCCAGCUUUCCAUCGUUUUCUCAUGGAUGGAAAGAGGCAAUGAUUCUCGCCAGUGGGCGCGCUCGAAUUUCCAGCUUUUCUCCCAUUUUAGAGCGCGCCCGAGGCGAAGAAAGCGGAAGCGGUUUCCUCACCAUUCGUCUUCCUCCUCCUCCCAAAUCAACAGAUUGCUCAGUUUGUGCUAAACCUGUUCCAUCUCUAGUGGAUUUCUGAACAGUCAUCAUCUCCUGAUUGGAUAUGGGUUACCUGAACAGUGCUUAUGAUGAAAGGAUUCAGGGGGCUGAUUCUUUCAAUGGGGCAGCACUACAGAAUGGAAGAGAGAUCCUUAUCCAGGCUUUCAAUUGGGAAUCUCAUAAACAUGAUUGGUGGAAGAACUUAGAAAGGAAGAUUCCUGAUAUUGCAAAAUCUGGAUUUACAUCAGCAUGGUUGCCGCCGGCAACUCAUUCCUUCUCACCUCAGGGUUACCUACCGCAAAACCUCUAUUCUCUCGACUCUUCAUAUGGGUCUGAGUACCUAUUAAAAGGUUUACUUGAAAAGAUGCAGCAGUACAAAGUGAGAGCAAUGGCUGACAUAGUUAUUAAUCAUCGUGUUGGAACUACUCGAGGCCAUGGAGGUAGAUACAAUCGUUAUGAUUGGAUUCCAUUAGCAUGGGAUGAACAUGCUGUCACAUCUUGCUCUGGUGGAUUGGGAAACCUAAGCACUGGUGAUAACUUCCAUGGAGUCCCAAAUAUAGAUCAUUGUCAACCUUUUGUUCGAAGAGAUAUUAUUGGGUGGCUGCAAUGGCUUCGAAAAAGCGUUGGAUUCCAGGAUUUUCGUUUUGAUUUUGCAAAAGGUUAUGCAGCAAAAUUUGUGAAAGAAUAUGUUGAAGAGGCAAAACCAAUAUUUUCUGUUGGGGAGUAUUGGGAUACUUGUAACUAUACUGCUGGACCUCGCCUGGAUUACAAUCAAGAUAGUCAUAGACAACGGAUUAUCAAUUGGAUAGACAACACGGGAGGGCAUUGUGCCGCAUUCGAUUUCACAACGAAGGGUAUUCUUCAGGAAGCUGUUAAGGGAGAACUGUGGCGUUUGCGUGAUCCUCAAGGAAAGCCCCCUGGUGUCAUGGGUUGGUGGUCUUCAAGGGCUGUCACAUUCAUUGACAACCAUGACACAGGGUCUACACAGGCUCAUUGGCCUUUCCCCUCUGGACACAUUAUGGAGGGCUAUGCGUACAUACUUACACAUCCCGGAAUACCCACUGUAUUCUAUGACCAUUUUUAUGAUUGGGGUGAUUCCAACCACAACCAAAUUGUGAAGCUGCUGGACAUUCGGAGACAUCAAGAUAUUCACAGCCGUUCUUCAAUCAGAAUUUUAGAGGCCCGUCCGGAUCUCUACGCUGCAAUCAUUGGGGAAAAAGUAUGCAUGAAGAUAGGAGAUGGCUCAUGGUGUCCAAGUGGACCAGAAUGGAAACUAGCAACCAGUGGCCACAGAUACGCAGUAUGGCACAAAUAAAUUUCCCUAUAGCGGGAUAGCUAGCAUUAGUCAGGCAUGAAUAAAGUAAACAUACUCAUAUAACACAUACACAAACGUGCUUGGCUGAUCAUAUAAUCUGUAUGUAAUCUGUUGAGCUUUCAUAGUAGAAGGCUAUGACACUCCUACAAGCAUCUGUAUCAAUAAGGGAAACCAAAACAUCCGUUGUUGUUGUAUUUUGUGCUAGUGAUGAGUUCACAAGCAGCUUAAAGAAUAGCUUAUCUGAUCUUUCCUGGAAAUUACAGCUCAAAGAAUACUUGUAUUUCAUCGAGUAAGAUGCUGAUCAUAAGGACUGACAUGAAAUGUGCAUGCUUUUACUUU